AUGCUUCCGGUGUGUCGCGAGAGAGAAGAGGCCCCCGUUUCUGUCCAAGAUGAGGACAUUGUGCCGGAUCAGACGCUUCCGGAUACCGUUGCGACUGCAAAGGCUGCCGCGACCAUAGUCAACUGCUCGGACCGAGCUUCAGUGUCGCUCCGCAGUCGACGUCGACGGACUCGGAUUCGAUGUACUCCCCGGGUUGCUGAUCUUUAG